AUGUUGUUGUCGUCUGAAGCAUCUGCAAGCGUCGCAUGUUUUGUUUCAUUUGGUGAAGCAAAAGGUACAUUCGUCGCCUUCUGCGAUUAAGCGCUCUUCGUUUUUUAGCAUCGAAACGCGAAAACGUUGAUACAUAAAAUGAAAUAAAAGCAAAGAAUCUCUGUCCAUUUUAAGUCUAUAUGUAUUUAUAUAACGAAGAAUUGCGUAAUGUAAAUUUAACAAAAACCAAAGACACUUUAUCUGUCAUUACAAUCUUAAGCAAGCAUAAGUACUUUUUCAGUGUGACCGCGACCAUUCUAGCACUUGCUUGAAUGACGUCACAAGCAAGCACGCUAAUCCUUUGCAAAUCUGCAAGCACAAAGCGCUAGUGUGAGUGUGACCGCGACCUAUACUUGCAUGCAAUGAUUCAGUUGGAGGAACUCUUUUAGCAUAGUUUUUUAGCAUCUUAGCACCGUUGCUAAAUCAUCACCAUUAUUAUACAAUCAUACCUUGCUUAAAGGUAAUGCCUGACCCGAAAAGCGACUGCUUCGUCUUCGCGCUGGAAUUCUUUUAGCCGGUAAGUGCCAGAUUCUUCAAGAGCUCAUGGUGAAUGUUUUUUGCGACGCAUUCAACAUUUCGUGUAUAUGCAUCAAAAAACGAAUAAAAAUGAGGGGUUUUUAGUUUAAAUUUCACACUGAAUGUAGUUUCAGUAUCUUAUCCUACUAGGGAAUAAAGCAUACAUGACUAUAGGCAUAUAAAUCUCACUUACGAGCAGGCCGAGGUGGAGGAGAUCUUCUUCUGCGACAGCAUUUGCCUUGAUCUGGCAAUGCAAGCAGCACACCAAGUCCAAGGAAAAAAGCAAAUGACCACAUCUUGAUAUUCAGUGUAUACUUGUCUGACAAUUUCUGAAGGGUUACCUUAGGCUUACUGAAAUUUCGUGUUACAGCCUUGUUUUAUAGCCCAUCACAUGCAUAGCAGUGAAGUACCUCCCCCUUGCUCAUACGCGCUGAAAGUAAAAAAAGUAAAUAAGAGAUUCCGAUAAUACUUUGGUGAUUAUACGGUUUGAGAGGGCGGUUUUCGGAUAAAUAACAACUUGCGUGGCGGUUUACGAGCUGCGGUCACGUACGAGGUUAUCGUUCGAUGACACAAAACGUUGAGCAUGAAUUAUAUUUGACAUAAGCUCCAUUUGAAGAUUGGCUUCAUGCCUGAAAUCUAUUGAAGCAUAGUGAAUUUUCUCAGUUCGGAGCAGUUGAACAAAUUAAAACUGUUGUUACAAAGAAAUAGUCGAAUCCUGGACUAAAUAGAGUCUAUAUACAGAUUUAUAAAUUCAUUAGCCUAAUGCAUGGGACGUAUAGCAGCCAUAACUAUGCAGCUAUAUGGAACUGUCAAUUAAUGCAAUCAGUGAUAUCAGUGUUAAUUUAAAAAGAAUCAGCUUGUCGAGUCUGCUGAUAAGUGUGAGCAUAGUUAAUAUGGUGUGAGCGGGCAGCGCGAGCCACCCAAAACAUCACCAGUUACACAUGCAUGAAUACUGCAGGUGCAGCUGGCCAUGUUUCGCACAAGUGUUUCUAUUAGAUCAAAUAUGUAAAAGCAUGAUAUUAUACUGCACGUAUAUCAUGAUUUUAACUCUUUCUCAGCAGGGUCCAUUACGCGUAGAACGUGCACGAUCUACGGAUGUUUCAUUAAUAACUUCGCUAUGUGGAUUAAAAUACCACCAUUCGAUUCAGUAUAAAAAUAUAUACUAAUUUAUAACGAUAGUUUUAGUCAGUGGCUACAUUAUAGCGAUUUAUGAGCUUUGAAAGUCAAGCGGGCUUGUAUAUGAUCAAAUUACGCAAUAUUACUAACAAUUUAUAAACAUAGACAUACCUUUCGCCGAACAUAACUUCGGCCCCUUGAGACAUAAUUAUGCUCAUUCUGGUAGUCUUGAUGAAUGAAGCAGUUAAAAAUAACAUGUAUACUGUUAUUUUCAAGCUUCUAUCUUUAAAAUGUGACUUUUGUUGCCGAAUUUUGCAUUUCUGCUCCGAAUUUGCGUUAACCCAACCGGAAAUAUGACGAAAAACCGUCAAAACAAUGCGAAGUUUGUAUCGCGUGACUCUGGAAAUGCCAGAAAUGGAUUCUACAGGUCAAAGUGCACCUAUACGCGUGAGUUUGACGUCAUCCCAGCUAAAGGAGCUCCUUAUUGGCCAAGUAUUACGCAAUACACGCGUGUGCCAGCAAAACCGGAUACCUUGAAAAAUUCAAAAUAAAUAUUUCUACUCGCCGUAUUCAUACGAAACUUUCUACACGAAAGCGCUUGAAUAUAAAGAGCAGUGGCGUAGCUAGCGGCAGCGAUGUUUUGCUAAUUUUAGAAGAGGGGGGACGCUGUUGAAAAUCAAAUGGGCGUGGUCAUUCGAUUGGGCGUGGCCAUUGACCAUGAAAUUAAACAAGCGGGGGGAUUUAGUGACUUUAGUCUAAUAGGCAAGCUUGUCAAAAUAUGCCACAUUGCUGUGGAUGAUGGUUAACGGAUGGCUACGAAGCCAGUUUUAACUUCUGAAAUUGAGUCUUCCACAGACUUUUCAGUAUAUAAAGAAUUCAACGAUUUUAGAUCUUUUAGAAAUCAUAUCUCUUACUAACUACAAUGGUCAACAACCUAUUUUACAAUUUCUGGCUUAGGCUUGAUUUUUAUAAAGUAGUAUAGUCUUUCACGCAAUCGCGAAAUUAAACAUUAAAAUCAUCAAUGGGAACAUAAAAUGAUUCAAUAAGAACAUUGACAUGAAUGGGAAAGAUUCAAGGAUAUCUAUUAUCCAAGCUUAUUUAGUUACUCGUGAAAACGUCAUAUUUAACUUGCAAAGUUGCCUAUUUGCCGAGUUGGUUGACUCACAUAGCACUAAUGCAUCAUCGAAAUUGGAAAGUUAACGUGGUUUUAUUUGCUUUUUGACAUCUACCGCGCGCAAGCUACGUGUUUUUCAGGUAUCAUGUUCUGCUAACUCCAUGCAUAAGGUAAUUCAAAUUAUAUCCCGCUGGGCUGCUGCCUGACGUUAUCUCCGUGCUGAUGACAAUUGAUUGUGAACUAUCUAAGUGGACGUCAAUUAUCAGACUUUAGACUAUUAUUUUGUACUAGUCUGCUAGAAAUUUUGGCAAAUAACACGUAUGUAGAACAAGUGAUAGCCAAAAUUAUUUGGACGGUGUCGAACGGCGUUCACUGAACUUCGCUAAUAUUUAAUCCCUGCCAGGGGGAACGGCGUUCCCCCAUGUUUGAUUUUGGCAAGGGGGACGCCGUUUCCCCGGUAAAAAAAGGUGGGGGGACGGCGUUCCCCCGCGUUCCCCCUGGAAAACAUCACUGGCUAGCGGUCCUGCUUGUCCUGCCCAGCAGGACUAAAAAUUUGCCAAAAUUUCCUUACUAAAACAUUGCUUUAUUUAUCUUGAAGCUUUAAAAAUUUACAUUAUCAUAUUGUUAUUUUGUCUCAUUUUCUUGUCUUUUUCGUUAUUAUUUUUUAAAAAGUUUUUCGCAUUCUGUUAUAUAUUUACGCAAUUUUAUAGCUUGCCGUGUCUGUUACCUAGCAACUGCAACUCUACAUUGAUUUGCACGCGACUCUUAUUUCCUGCCAUUUUCAAAUGGCAGGACUUGCUAGUAUAUUUCAUAGUAAAUUCAUACAAGAAAUCUUGGUUUCUGAUUGGAUAAUUAGGUCUGCGCAUGCUCAAACCGACUGUUUACAAAUGCGAAGUCCUGCUCUCUCGAAAUGGCAGGACUUGGCCUUGUAUUGUCUUUACUUGCGAGCUUUCCGCGCGACUAAACCCACUUUUUACUAAUUCUGUCGACGGAGAUUACUCAAGUUAUGAAUAUGGAAAUCAACGAGUGCGGAAGCCCAAUGUGAUUUUGAUAUAAUUUCUGCUAAGAUAUUUUAGCUCACGAAAUGCAUGUGAACAGACUCGACUGAUGAUUGUGUAUUUUUAUAAUACAAUAUAAUGGGGAAUACAAACUUCAUUUGUGAAGCCUGUACGUCGUAAUGUCGUAUUGAUAUAAAGUAAGAACGUAAUAUUUACUGCCAGUUCAUCUGCUUUGUCCAUUUGAAACGAGCACUUAUAUGGAGUUUAAUUUUAAAAAUGAUAUAUGACCAUAUAUUGUACCAAUUCACACUGUUUAUGUAGAUAUUUGGCCGCAUAGACUAUAUGCAUAGCGUACUGAAUUACAUUCAAUUCAGAGUGCCAGGCGUAGUUAUCUGUAGUUGAUACCACUCCACUAUAUAAAGGUUAACACAUUACUAACAAACGUAGUGAAUUUUUAACGAAUGCUAGCCGUAGCGUUUUUAGUAUAUGUGUAUAAAACGCCGUGUUCAACAGUAUAAUAGUGGCGCAAUUGUUGAUUAUGUGAGGUUGGAUUAUGUGUUGAUCAAGUGAAAGAUCAUAUUACAGACGCGUAUGGUAUACAUGAUAUUUUCCUCUUUCGUGACUUGACUAUAUUUAGCUACAUUAUAUUUUCAGUUAAGUUGAAAAAUAUAUAGUGAAAUAUGAUAAAAAAAUGCAUGGAUUUCAAAAAGUUGCAAAUUUUUUUUUCUAAAAAAAUUAUCAAAAAUUUUCCGCUAAUCACGCAAUUUUUUUUAUGUUCCCUUUGGAGUAUUUCGCCGUGAAAUCGCAGGAAAUGGCCAUUCCAGACUUCUAAAAUUCAAAAUUUCCCGGGGGAGCAUACUCCCGGACCCCCCUAGAAUGGGUGGGUCUUAGAGCAGGACUAGUCAAAUUUCGCUAGCUACGCCACUGAUAAAGAGUAUUUUACACCUAUAUCUUUUCAGAAAAUGACGCCAAAUUUUAGAAUAUAUUCAACUUUUUCUCUUUUUCUCGUUCGAAUGUUUGCCGAAGCGGUGAGUAUAAAUAUAAUCGUUUUGGUUUGUGUAACGUUUUGACGGCACUUGACCCCCGUUCGAAAGGUUAUAUUAUGAGGAUUUCAGUGGUGGCAUUUAUUUAAAAGGGGGGUAAAUACUCGCCGAGAUAUUUAUAUUUGAAAAAUUGAAUCGAAAUGUAAUGCGAAACCGACCUGUCGAGAUUAAGGCUAGAAUAUAUUGAAAACGAAUUAGAUUUUUUAUGAACACUAUUUCUGAACCGUGUGCGCAACCACAUAUAGUUAUACCCUGGAUUCCAGAGCCUUCGACAGUAAAUAAUAAAUUGAAACGUCGCGAAGGCUCUGGUUCAAAGGGGAGAUUCUUUGAUUAAACCGCGCCAAUCAUAAAACAGAAUUUGUAGUUCACUAAUUUUGUUUUGUGAUUGGCGCGGUUUAAUUAAAGAAUCUCUCCGUUGAACCAGAGCCUUCGCGACGUUUCAAUUUAUUAUUUACUGUCGAAGGCUCUGGAAUCCAAGGUAGUAUAGUUACUAAAUUCAACGAAAUUGAAACUAAAUUUAUCCCCGAGCCGACGGCGCGAAGCGCCGUGCGAGGGUACUAGUUCUCGACCUCCAUUAUUUUCGACGUCUUCCUCUCAUGCAAUCCUUUCCCAAAGGUAAAACGUUCAGUGUUUGAUUACCGACGCGCUGACAUUGAUGGUCUACGAAGGCAUCUUCAAUCCGGCCCUCGACCUCAGUCAACUUAUAUCAGAGAACGGCAAUAUCAACCAGGAUUGGCUCGCGUGAAAAAAUGCGUUUUUGGGCGCGGUAUCGAAAUUUGUGCCGACAAAAACACUACGAGGUCGAAACCAUCUCCCUUGGAUGAACAAUACAAUACUUCACUUCAACAAGAAGAAAAACUCUAUAAGAACGAGAAUUAAAAGAUCCUGUCAUCCAAGUGAACACCUCAAGCAAAGAUUUCGAGAGCUCCGCAGGACAAUUAAAAGAAUGUUGCGUGAAAGUCGCUUGGACUAUAUCAAUUCAAAAACCAAUACCAGCCGACAAUUUCAAAAAAUAUAAUACAAAACAUAAUCCGAAGAUAAGCAUCUUGAAACCCAAAAUAUGAGUCAAACAAGAAAGUGAGUAAUAUUUCGAUUUUAUUACAAAAUCAUCAUCAGACUAACUGACUCAUGUCUGAUGAUGAUUUUGUAAUAAAAUCGAAAUAUUACUCACUCACUUUCUUGUUUGACUCAUAUUUUGGGUUUCAAGAUGCUUAUCUUCGGAUUAUGUUUUGUACUAUAUCAAUUCAAUCUGUGAAUCUUGUAAACCCAAUCCUAAACGUUUCUGGUCGUUUUUCAAGAUUAAGUCUAAGGUAUCUAAUAUUCCGUUAAAAGUCUCGGUUAAAUCUAGUGAAAAUAAAAGAACGUAUUCCAACAACAACGUAGACAUUGCGAAUACUUUAACGAAUAUUUCGCCUCAAUUUUUACGCAUGACAACAAUAGUGACCACAAUCUAGGAGAACACUCGGAUCCAGAAAUUGUUUUGGAAGACAUAACACUGACUAACGACGAAGUAAUAACCGUAUUAACUAAUCUAAAUAACAAUAAAGCUCAUGGUCCAGACGGAAUCCCAGCACGUUUGUUGACGGAAACAUCAUCCCAAAUCGCUCCUUCACUCUGCGCUCUCUUCAACAAAUCUUUACGUUGUGGUGUUCUUCCAGAUGAUUGGAAAUUAGCGAAUGUCGUACCAGUACACAAACGGGGUGAGAAAUCCUAUAUCGAGAACUACCGUCCAAUCUCGUUGCUUUCUCUUAUCUCCAAAGUCCACGAGCGUUGCGUUUUCCAUAACAUCCAACAUCAUGUUUUUCAACAAAUCAACCCUUGCCAACACGAUUUUGUUCCACGAAAGUCAUGCGUAACGCAACUGAUCGAAGUAUUCGAACAGAUAGGUCGGAAAUUAGACAACGGUAAGCAGAUAGACGUGAUUUACCUGGACAUGUCGAAGGCAUUUGAUAAAGUAAGUCACGCUCAGCUCAUGCACCGAUUACACAAGUUCGGGUUUCGAGGUAACCUUCUCAACUGGUUUUCAUCGUACCUCAGCAAUCGUAAUCAGCAGACAACAAUUGGUGGAGCAACAUCAAGAUCGUUAGCAGUGACAUCCGGUGUACAGCAGGGCUCUAUUCUCGGUCCUUUACUGUUUCUCUUGUACGAAAACCACCUCUCCGAAAGCGUGGGCAACUCCAGCAUUGCAACCUUUGCGGACGAUACAAAGAUCUUUAAAACUGUAAAUAACGUGUCCGACGCAUCAUCACUACAAAAGGACCUAACAAAUUUUGAAGAGAACUCCAGCAAGGCAAACCUGAUAUUAAACGCUCAAAAAUGUAAAGUCAUGAGAAUAACCAGAAAACACCACAAAACAGAAUAUCCCUACAAGCUACAUGAUGCUGUUCUGGAAAGCACUGUUCACGAACGUGAUCUGGGAGUGUGGACUUCUUCCAAUCUGACUUGGUCCAAACAUAUUGAGGACCAAUGUGCUCAAACAACCAAAAUGCUCGGCUACUUAAGGAGAUCUACACUGGACACAAAAACUAUCUCGGUUCGUCGUACUCUGUAUUUGACUCUCGUACGCUCAAAACUAUGCUAUGCUUCUCAAGUCUGGGCUUCACAAUCCGUGGAACUGAUCAAACGCGUGGAAAGAAUCCAGAGGCGCGCGAGCAAGUUUAUUUUGGAUCUGCCAUUCAACUGCGAUGUCAGCUAUAGUAAGAGACUCGAACUGUUACACCUCAUUCCGCUCUGCUAUUGGCACGAAUUCCUCGAUCUGUUGUUUUACUUUAAAUGUGUAAAUGGAAUAAUAAACAUCAAUGGCAAAAUUCUACUAUCAAUUCAGAUCCGGCAGAGAGCAACGCGAUCAGCUGACCCUGACGGUUUGAAGUCCACCACACCGAAGUGUAGGACUGCAACAUUCCAGAGAUCGUUUAUAUCCAGGUGUGCGAGAGUAUGGAAUGUUCUGCCAAAAGAGUUGACAACAAAGAACAUAAGCUUAGGUCGUUUCAAAAUCGGCUCUGAACAUUUACAAAUCGGCUCUGAACAUUUACGACGCAGAAAAUCCUAG